AUGGAAGACAUCCACGAUCCGACUGAUUUUAAGAACACCAGUUUACAACAGCUUGAUCUAAAUUUACGCUGUACAAUAUGUAAAGAUCUCUAUACCACACCCAUGCAGUUAACGACGUGUAUCCAUUCCUUUUGCGCUCUUUGCAUCCGACGUCGACUAGCACAGGAACGCAUAUGCCCUAGUUGCAAUGCACCGGCCGAUGAAUCAAAGCUGAUCCGUAAUAGUGUACUUGAUGAAUGCGCAAAUACGUGGCGUUUGGCUGCGAGACAAGUUGCGAUUGCUUUAGAACAAGGGCAAGCCGGUGUCAAUAAUAGUGUAGAGCCGUCACCACCACCACAGCAACAGCAACAGCAGCAAGAGUCGUUACCACUCCGUUCACAAGGACGAGUGGCGACCCCACUAGCAGCAGCACCUAUAUCUUCGCCAGCAGCAAGUCGACGAUCCGCGCGUAUUGGAAACCAACAACAACCACGCUAUAAAGAACCGAUCAUUCUUGACGAUGAUGAUUUCCAACAACAACAACAACCGCAGCCAGCAGCAGAAGCACCAACAGCAGCUCCUCCAACACAGCCACAACCACAACAAUCACCUCCUCCUGCUCCGCAGACAUCAUCACCUACAACCGUCAAUAUUACUACUGUUGCUGCAGCCACUGCACCUACACACGAUCGAAUAACGCAGGAUUCGGAGGUGCAAUGUCCUAUAUGUAGCCAGUUCAUGAAACAGGCUCAUAUCAACGAACAUUUGGAUCGGUGCAUGAGAGGCGAUAGUACUAUCCCACAGGCAUCAAGGCAAUUUUUGAGACAACCAGCCUCAUCCUCGUCGUCACCAGCCAGCUCUUCUCCUGUAACUGCUGUAACACCGCCAACACCAACAGCUACCUCGCCGGUCAGUAGCAGACGGGAUCAAAGACAAAACACUAAUCGUUACGGCAAGAAACCAAUUAAGCUAGUGUACGAUAUGCAAAAGGAUAGAGACUUGCGCAAAGUACUACGGGACUUGGGUUUGCCGGACCAUGGCGAUAAACAACAACUUGUCUGGCGGCAUAAGGAAUAUGUGACACUGUACUACGCCAACUUGGAUGCUGAGCAUCCAAAGGAGCCCAGGGCGUUGAUCCAGCAACUCAACGAAGCCGAACUGGGCUACAACCAGGUGCGCAACAGCGCACAUUCUCCGCAACUGAACAUUGAGGAGCAUAAUAGAAAAUACAAAGAUCAGUUUGCAGAACUGAUUGCAAGUGCUCGGAAGCGAGUACGAGUGUCAUCAUCAUCAUCAGCAACUUCUUCCUCUCAAGAUGCGGACCCAAACAACGCUAUUAAUACUACUACCUCAACGACAGAACCGCUACCAUCAUCAUCAUCACUACCAUCGACAGCAAAAGAAAAUAAACAAAUGAAAUAA